AUGGAAACAAAAGUAGAUCGGAGUCAUGCAGAAAGACUACAAAUUAAGAUUGGUUUUGAGGGUCUGUUUUAUGUGGAUCCAGAUAGGAGAGGGGGUGGCUUAGCAUUAUUAUGGAAAAAGAAUAAUACUGCUAGGCUGUUGAGUUAUACAAAGAAUUAUGUGGAUGUGGAGGUAGCUAUAAGGGAGAAAGUAUGGCGAAUGACAUGUUUCUAUGGGUUCCCACAGAGGCAUAGACGCAGGGAGGCGUGGCAAUUGUUGAGUGGUUUGAGGGACAAGUCUACACUGCCCUGGGUGGCUUUGGGAGACUUUAAUGAUUUGUUAUACCAGCGCGAAAAGAGAGGGGGGAAUCCUCACCCGGAUAGUCUGUUGAGAGGCUUUGGAGAUACUGUAUACAAUUGUGGGUUGGUUCAAUUGCCAAUGCGAGGUCACCAGUUUACAUGGGAAAAGGGGAAAGGGACUGAUAGGUGGAUGGAGGAAAGGCUGGAUAAGGUGUUGGUGUCUACACGAUGGACUACUUUGCAUACUGAGGCAUGGGUCGAAAAUAUUCUAACCCGAAAAUCUGAUCACUCCGCUCUCUUCCUGAACACUGAUAUUGUACGGGGCCGCAGACAUGGGGGACCGAAACGGUUUCGCUUUGAGAUGGCAUGGGUUCAUGAUGACGGUUGUCGGGGGGUGGUGGAGACUGCCUGGCAGGAUAGCAGGGAUAAGGGGCUGUUGAUUUGUCAGCAGCAUUGUGGAGGAAGGCUAAUGCGGUGGGGUGAGGAGCAUUGGCAUAAGUUUGGUGACCGUAUAAAGCAAUUGAGGAAAGAGCAAGAUGAACUGCGUCACAGACGGGAUUCGGCUGCAUUGGCCGAAUUUCGCGAUAUUGAGGAAAGACUGGGACAGGUGGAGAUGCAGGAGGAUGUAUUUUGGAGGCAGCGGGCGAAGCAGCAUUGGCUGCAUGGUGCGGACUGCAAUACCAAAUUCUAUCACAGGUACGCUUCUGCUCGUAGAAGGAAAAAAUUAUAUUCCUAG